AUGCUCGUACAGAUACUAGCUGCCAUUGGGGGUAUGCAGCAGGCCCCAGCUCCAGCCGUUCCAGUACCGCAGGAGGCCUUCUUGGCCCGAUUUAUUCCCAGGUGCAUCAGAGAUCAGCUCAGAGAUCAGUUUGCUCGGUUAGAGCAGGGCUCCAUGACAGUAUCAGAGUAUGAGGCCCGAUUCCACGAGCUCUCCAGGCAUGCCGCCAUGAUAUUACCUACUGAGGAGGAGAGGGUUCGCUCCGUCGCGAGGCCCGGCAAGAAAGCUAGACAGGAGGAUAGCCAUGAUAGGCGCCGUUUCAGACCCCGAGGGUCUUAUGAUAGAUCUCAGCAGAGGUUUCAGUCAGGCCAGUCUAGUAGCCCCUUCCAGGCUUCUCUCCAGGCAUCGGAGGGUGAUCAGCACCGCCAUAUUGGUUUUAGUGCCGGUCCUAGUCGGGGCCGAGAUAGUUCACAGAUGGGUUCUUCUGGCCGGGGUAGCCGACCUCCAGCUCUCAAUCGACAGUCCCAGGGGUGUUAUGAGUGUGGGGAGUUAGAUCAUUGGGCCCGCGAGUGUCCCCAUUGCAGGUUAGCCUUACCCACUCCACAAGCAGUUAGGCAUGCACCAGCACCUCUAGCUAGAGGCAGAGGCCAGGGACAGGACCGUAGGGUUGGUCACCAGGGUAUACGGGGUGGUCCCCGAGGAGGCAGAUUAGGGGGCAGAGCCGAUGCACAGG